UCAACUGUGAGAUAUCAAAAACAAAUAUCAAAGAGAGUGGCAACCACCACCACCACUGGUCGCAGAGUUCGGCCUCCUUCGCCGCAUAUUGACCGGAGCCGGAUUAUAACUUCCUACUCGUCUUCUUGUUCAUCAUCUUCUUCAUCUUCUCCUUCCAAUUCAAGCAAACAUGUGACUAUAACCAGAUCACAAUCCACAACAAGAUCUUCAAGACCCACCGGAUCAGAGAUGAUCCCAGCAAGAAACAGCGCGUCAAGAUCUCACGAGGUGAACAACGGUAGAAGAAGAGAGGCGUUUUCUCGGUACUUGGAGCAACGUGAGCGUGGCAGUCCUCGUAAUUAUAACACUUCAUCUAAAGGUGCAAAACCGGGAGCUAGCUCACCAUCAGCGUGGGCAUUGUCCCCGGGGAGAGUUUCAACGAUGAAAACUUCUUCAUCCAGCUCAGCUCCGUCGACUUCAAUGUGCCACACGCCGCCUGAGUCGCCGGUAAGCAAGGCAAAGAUGAGAAGCGGUGGCGGUGGAGCCGUGGCGGGAGUUCUGAAGUACUUUAAGGCACAGAAGAAGUAUCACCGGUUUAGGAUUUUUCACAACAGAUUAAUUCAACUUAGGUUUAUUAACGCAAGAGCAGAAGCCACUAUGGCUAACCUUAAGGUCAACGUUGAGGUACAAAACUGUUACUUUUUCAUUUGUAAAAAUGUAUCAAAAUGUAAAUAUAUAUAAUAAUCGAAUCAAUAUAUGUUUGU